UAGUACAGUUCACUUUGGUUUGGUGUUCGGACAACAGUAGUCUCUAGCUUAGAUCAACUCAUAAACUAGCUAAAGUACCAUGGCCCAGACGUUUUUCAUUGUUGUUGUCCUGUUGGGCCUUGGGGCCAUUCGGGCAGCUCCUUUUCACGGUCACGAGCACCAUCAGGGUGGUGCCUCGAGUCAUGCUUCGGUGCAUUUGACAUCGCAUGACGAUCAUCAGGGACAUCAUGAGGAGGCUCAUCACGACGAUCAUCAUGAUUCGCAUGCCGAAUACGACUUCAACUACGGCGUCAAGGAUCACAAAACGGGCGAUGUGAAGGAGCACAGUGAAUCACGUCACGGCCAUAAGGUUACCGGACACUAUGAGUUGAUAGACGCCGACGGACACAAGCGCACUGUCCACUAUACUGCUGACAAGCACAACGGCUUCCAGGCCCAUGUCCAGCGCGAGAAGCUCUACGAUCACCAUCAGGUGGCCGUCGAGCAGCACGGACAUGGACACGGUCAUGGCAGCGGCUAUGAGGGCGGUCACGUUGAGUUCGAGGAGCAUUCCGCUCAGUCCGGACAUGGUCAUGAGGAUUACAGUCACGGCCAUGAGGGUUACAGUCAUGGGCAUGGCCAUAGCGGCGGCGGCUCUCAUACCAGUGGCUACUCUCUAAAGCAGGAGCACGGCCAUGGACACGGACACGGAAUCUCUCAUGGACACGAGCACGGACAUGGCUAUCAUUGAGAAUUUUUCAUCGAUCUUUGAACCAAAAAAUAUUUGUUGUUAUAUGUAUACCAAAAUAAAAUCAGGCAAACCAUUUCCAAA